AUGUUCACUUCGCAUUUGGUGUUCCUUGCGUUAGCAGUGACCAAUCAAUUCUUGGCUUCUGCUUUCACGCCAUUUUCCACGAAGAGUGCUUCACCUUCUGUUUUGCAGGCCACAGUCCCCGACUUUAAUGCGGUCGAUGUCGCCAAAACUGGAGGUCGAGGCGCUGACACUGCAUCCCAAAAGGCUGCGGAACAAGGUUUGAGCUUGGGUGCCCCUCGCAGACGUCCCAAUGGCGGACAUUUCUUGACCAAGGGUGGAAUCCAAGUCACGGCCCAUGUCCAAGGUUUGGAAUUUUCAAAAUCCAACACUCCAGGGACUUCGGAAUCUGCAAUUAAUUAUUUGAUUGAUCAAUUGGAUAGUCACAAGGGUGCUUUGCUGACUUCCAGCUAUGAAUUUCCCGGACGAUAUGCUCGAUGGUCACUUGGAUUUGUGGAUCCCCCCCUCGAAAUUUCAGGGAAAGCAGACAAGUGUACCAUCAAGGCCUUGAACGACCGGGGACGAGUACUGAUGCCAGCCAUCGAACAAACUAUGAAGGAAUUGAAAAACAAUAAGAUUUUGUCGGAGGUGCAAUCCUUUGAAUAUGCCAAUGGAGAAGGUAUCGGUGUUGGUGGAGUGACCCAAAUUGACGUCACUGUAGUUCCACCUGGUGAAGUGGGAAGCUUCAGUGAGGAAGAACGUUCAAGACAGCCAUCCCUCUUUUCUGUCGUUCGUGCGCUUGUCGACUUGUUUGGAUACGAAGGUGGAGAUGGGCAAUUGGGUCUCUAUGGUGCCUUUGGAUACGAUUUGACCUUUUCGUUUGAACCCAUCGAUUUGGCUCAAGAGCGCGAUCCUGAACAACGAGACAUUUUGCUGUAUUUACCAGAUUCCGUCUAUGUGAUUGAUGCCGACAAGCGAGAUGCUUGGCAAAUAACCUAUGACUUUGCUGUUGAUCAAAAGUCGACUCAAGGAUUGCCUCGAUUGGGCCAAGAGGAUCGCUUUGCCGCGUUUAAUGAAUCCAAGGAUGGAGCUAGCUUUUCCGAUCGGGAUACCCCCGUUGGUGAAUUUGCCGAUAGCGUGGAAGCAGCCAAGCGUGAAUUUGCGGUUGGAAACUUGUUUGAAGCAGUCUUGUCCCAAACCUUCCGUUCCAAGUUGGACGAGGAGACUCCUCCUUCCCUCAUUUUCCGUCGUUUGCGCAAGCGUAAUCCUGCUCCGUAUGGGUUCUUUAUCAACUUGGGGGAACAAGAAUAUUUGGUCGGUGCCAGUCCCGAAAUGUUUGUUCGUUGCGAAUCCAUUCCCGAAAACGAUUACCGCCCUGGAGCCAUUCGCGUCGAGACUUGUCCCAUUUCUGGAACUGUCGCUCGUGGUGAAAAUGCUUUGGAAGAUGCCAAACGUGUCAAGAGUCUCAUGAUGAACCAAAAAGAAGAAAGUGAAUUGACCAUGUGUACCGAUGUCGAUCGUAAUGACAAGUCCCGUAUUUGCGAACCGGGGUCCGUCCAAGUCAUUGGCCGUCGUCAAAUUGAAAUGUACAGUCGGUUGAUCCACACGGUCGAUCACGUGGAAGGAUACCUCCGACCCGAGUUUGACGCGUUGGAUGCCUUUUUGUGUCACACCUGGGCCGUGACUGUAACGGGUGCUCCCAAGACUUGGGCCAUUCAGUUUGUGGAAGACAAAGAGCGAUCCCCUCGCUGCUGGUAUGGAGGUGCCAUUGGAUUGGUCGGAUUUGAUGGAAGUCUUAACACUGGACUGACUCUUCGAACUGUCCGUAUCAAGAAUGGAGUUGCCGAAGUCCGUGCCGGAGCAACUUUGUUGUACGAUUCCAGUCCACCCGCCGAAGAACUCGAGACCGAAUUGAAGGCUUCUGCCAUGAUUGAUGCUGUCACUCGCAAAGGAAAGACGGACAUUGCCAGCUUGGAAGGCGAUGAAUUGGUCCCCAUUCCCGAAAAGGUUGGAACUGGCAAGACCAUUGUCUUGAUUGAUCAUGAGGAUUCCUUUGUCCAUACACUUGGAAACUAUCUCCGUCAAACCGGUGCUCAGGUGUCUACUCUUCGUAGUGGACCUUCUGCUUUGGCUGCUAUCGAAACGAUGAUUGAAAAGGGAAACAAGCCGGAUAUGGUCGUCCUCUCUCCUGGACCAGGAAACCCAUCCGACUUUGCUUUGUCCGCAUCCAUUGACUGUCUCAUCAAGAACAAGAUUCCCGGGUUUGGGGUCUGCCUUGGAUUGCAAGGAAUGGUCGAGCAUUUUGGUGGAACUCUUGGAGUUUUGGGAUACCCCAUGCAUGGAAAGCCAUCUGAGAUUGCCCUCACUCGCGAAGGUGUCAAGGAUGGCAGCAUUUUCACUGGACUUCCUGAAGUGUUCGAGGUUGCCAGAUAUCACUCUUUGCACGGUAUCAAGGACAAGAUGCCUGACGAUCUUCAGAUUACUGCCUUGACGGAAGAUGGGAUUGUCAUGGGAAUCCAACACAAAACCUUGCCCUUUGCUGCUGUCCAAUUCCACCCCGAAUCCAUCCUCACCAGUCCUGCACACGGAAUGACCAUUUUGGAGAAUGCCUUGCGCAACCUCAAGUACGAAGAAGAGGAAUUUGCACCCAAGUCGGGUUCUCAAAUCGUCGGAACACUGGAACAAUUGUCCUUGGAAGAACUGCAAUCCACACUUACGGACUUGGGUUUGGUGACCACUGGAUCAAAGAGUGAACUAGUAGUCAGAUUGACACUGUAUACUCACAAGAGCAACGAAAUGAAGGCUGGCAGAUUAUCUCUGUCGGACCUUGACCAUUCCGAAUUGGACCAAUUGGCCCAAGGGAUUGGUCUCAAGGCAGAGGAAUCCAAACUGCUGGAGUCCUUGGAAACAUCUUUGAUGCAGUAA